AUUAAUUUCUUCCCCAAUCACCAAAAGCUAUAAUUUCAGCUUUUACUCGAUUCUUCCAAACCCUAACAAUGUCCCAAUUUUGCAUUUCAAAGUGCGCAAACGAUCCGAUUCGAGCGACCUACGUGAAUCUCUACAAGUGGCCGGGAUCCGACGCGGAGUUCAUGAGAUCCGCCGCCGUGCACGGCGGCGGAGCGCGGCUGCACAGUCGAGUCGUCGACAGCCUUUCGUGCCGGCAGAUGUAUCUGAGAAGUUACACCUUCUCGAGGAAGGAGGAGACGGUGCCUGAGAGGACUAUAAAUUGCUUCCGGAAGGUUCGCGAGAGAGUCGCGGCGGCCGGAGGGGACGAGAGGAACGGAAAGGUCCGGCGCCGGAGGAGGCGGCGGCGGCGGCGGCGCGUGGUGGUCGGAAGGAUGAAGGAGAUUUCACGCGCCGCCUUGCGUGGUGUUUUCCGGAGGCUGCUGUUUUGUACGGCAACCGUCGAUGUAGUGGAUCCGCCGGUGUAGUUUCGUGUGAUGUGGUCCAGGGAGUUCAGGUCCUUGUACAGAUCUGACCGUUGAUUCAGGUGAGACCAAGAUGAAGAUGGAUGGAUAGAUCUGUUUCGAAAUACCGAGGCCUGGCGGGUCCUGAACGUGGCAAGUAGGGGGAACUUUUUCUUCUUUGCCACAAGUGGAAGGCUUCCUUUCUUGUAGUUUUCUUUUCUUUUGCCCUUUUCAUUUAAUUUCUUUAUUAUAUUUU